CACUAACGAGAACAGUCGGAAUUAUCAUCACGGUCAGUGAUUUCUCCAGCGCGCAGUGAUGUCUUUGAGUCAAUGAAUGCGACCUUCAGAGCGGCUUGCACUACGGUUGCCGUUCGGCGUGCCUCCCCAGGAGCCUGAUGACGGCUUGCCCUUGAAGAAACCGUCGCUCGGCUAAUUGGUUACAACCAUUCGCAAAUUCGAAGGGCGAACCGACGAGCCUCGGUACUGGAUCAAAGUCCAGGACCGCUUCGCUGACGAGACCGUUUCAAUCCUUCUUCGAGAGGGACGAGUCAAUGCGUCGCGACUCGUGUCUCCUACACUCACGAGCAGCCUCACGCGUGCGAAGACGCAGGAGCAACUCGCGGAUAUCCUCACAAACAUGGUCGCGUCGAACCUCAACGAGGUGAAGAUAUACAGGGUCGGACCCUCGCUCAAGGACAAAGGGCGAAGGACGUACAAUUUCCUCGAGGCGACGAAGUCUCUCCAGCACGUCACCAUCUCCUGGUCGUUCGUCUACAAAGCUGGAAUUUCCAAGUACCUGCAAUCAGACGCGGCCAAGAACCUCGUGUCCCUUCGUUUGGAGGCCUCAGGCGCCUCCAAGAUCACCAGCGAGCUCGCGCGUGCUCUUUCCAACGAAGGGCACAACCUCCCCCAGCUGCAGCAGCUGACUCUGCGCAACAUCUUCGACCUGACGCCGAAGGCAUUGCUAAGCAUUCUUCGGAAUCGUCAUGCGUCUGGUUGCACUCGCCCGCUCCUUGUGGAAUGGGAAGGUUGCGCGAUGCCUCGCAGCAUCGUGGACACUGCUCGACAGCUCGAUAUUCAUAUCGUGAAGUACUAGGGUUGCUGUGCUGCUCUCCCCAAAGCUGAGCAUGUAAGGUUUUCUGUUCGACGGGGGUCAUUGGACGACCGUGACAGUAUCACCACAGGCAUAGAUAUAUUAUGUUUAGUCUUAUAAUUACCCCAUCCCCGUAAAUCCAAAACCCGUGAGC